ACGGACUCUGGUCUCUGUAGCAACGCUGGAGUGGAUUCAGUAACAAUCAACUGGACUUUUCUCUUCUACUUUACUGUUUCUCAAUACAUUCACGCGAACUAUUUAAAUACGAAUGGACAUGUUUCAAUAGGAGCGUAGCUGAGCUGUAUAACUAGUGAAGACGGCUGGUUUAGUCGCAGUCUUUGUUACAGCUAAGAGCUAAUUGUUCUCGAAGGUGCAGCUUCAACUUUCAUCAGGAGAACACAUCAGUAUUUGUGGCUGGCUGAAGGUCGGCUGACCAGGUUCUUCUGGAGCAGAUGGAUGUUGGUGGAACUGGUGAUGUGGAGGCGGAGCUUGAGUCUGUGGAGGCGGAGCUUGAGUCUGUGGCAUGUCAGAUCUCGGAGCUGCUGGAGAAGCAGACGGAGCUGACGGCCCGUAAGGACGAGCUCCUGCAGCGGCUGGAAGAGGCCUGCGGCUCCGCCGAGCCGUCCUCCUCCUCGUCAUCGGCUUCGUCAAAGUCUUCAGGAGCCGAGGCGGGGAUGAGUAGACAGGAGCUGCAGCGCUACGACGGCUCAGAGUUUCCCUGGUCGUCGGAGGUGGAGCAGCAGCUGGAGAGCUCCUUCCGUCUGCGCAGCUUCAGGCCGCUGCAGCUCAAAGCCAUCAACCUGACGCUGGCGGGCCGGGACGUCUUCCUGGUGAUGCCCACGGGGGGAGGAAAGAGUCUCUGCUACCAGCUGCCUGCCGUCUACUCUCCGGGUUUCGCUCUGGUCGUCACUCCUCUGGUCUCUCUGAUGGAGGACCAGGUCAUGUACCUCACGUCCAUCGAUGUGUCAGCGGUCAUGCUGAACGCUUCCAGCACUAAGGAACACGCGAAGGCCGUCCUGGCUGGGAUGACGGAUCCGAAGGCUCCUUUCAAACUGGUUUACGUGACUCCAGAGAAGAUAGCCAAGAGCAAAAUGUUGAUGUCUCGUCUGGAGAAGGCCUACAAAGCCGACCUGCUCAGCCGCAUCGCCGUGGACGAGGUGCACUGCUGCAGCCAGUGGGGGCACGACUUCAGACGAGAUUAUAAACUCCUGGGAAUCCUGAAGAGACAGUUUCCCAAAGUGCCGCUCCUCGGGCUCACCGCCACGGCAACCAGCAGCGUCCUGCAGGACUGUCAGAAGAUCCUGUGUGUGCAGCAGCCAAUCACCAUCACCGCCUCCUUCAACAGAACCAACCUCUACUACGAGGUUCGUGUUAAACACUCAGACAACGAUGCUUCAAUCGACGACAUUGCCUCGCUGAUCAAGAGCAGGUACAAGGACCAGUCAGGAAUCGUGUACGUCUUCUCUCAGAAAGAUGCAGAGUCGGUGUCGUCUGAGCUCCAGAAAAGAGGCGUCAGGGCGUAUCCGUAUCACGCCAACAUGAACCCUGAAGACAAGUCCAAAAUCCACCGCAAAUGGACAUCCAACAAGAUCCAGGUGGUGGUGGCCACAGUGGCGUUCGGCAUGGGCAUCGACAAACCCGACGUGCGGUUCGUCAUCCACCACACCAUCAGCAAGUCCAUCGAGAACUACUACCAGGAGAGCGGCCGUGCAGGACGAGACGACCGUCCGUCCGACUGCAUCGUCUACUUCGGCUUUGCUGACAUCUUCAGGAUCAGCACCAUGGUGGUCAUGGAGAACGUUGGUCAGCAGAAGCUGCUGCAGAUUGUGGGUUACUGCCACAACGUGGACAGGUGCCGGCGCUCUCUGAUGGCCGUCCACUUCAACGAGGUCUGGGACGACGAAGGCUGCAGCCAGAUGUGUGACAACUGCCGCCACGCUACAGGCCACACCAGCGUGGACAUCAGCGAGCACGCCCGGCAGGUGGUGCAGAUCCUGCAGCUGGCAGCCUCCGCUGACGAGAAGCUCACGCCGCUGAAGCUGGUGGAGGCGUGGAUGGGGAGAGGUCCUGCCAAACACCGGAAAACCACCCAGACGACGACGCUGUCCAGACGGCAGGCGGAAACCGUGAUCGUCCACCUGCUGCUGCACACAUACCUCAGAGAGGACUUCAGCUUCACCCCGUACACCACCUACUUCUACCUGAAGCUGGGCCCCAAAGCUGUUCUGCUGAAGAACCAGACUCACUCUCUCCACAUGAAGAUGGCCACCAGCGGGGAGGAACCUGCUCUGGACAAGCCCAUCGUGACCUCAGACUCCUGCACUGCGGAGAAGGCCCACCCCCCGCUACCUAAACAGAAGGUAUUUAAGCAGCAGAGGAACCUGUCCAGGAAACGUGACCUGCGGUCGGUCAGCCGGCGGGAGGAGCAGGAGGGGGAGGUCCAGAGGAAAUGCAUCGCAUCUCACCACACCAUUCAGGUGGAAGUUGAAGUUAAUGAAGCACAUGGUGGAAGAUCACGCCAUUGUUCCAAACACAGAACUCCCCCUAGUCGGACACCACAGGGCAAACUUGCUGGGGAGGCAGGCGCGAGCUCACCAGGUACCAGUCCCCCCCCAACCGUCCCCAGCUCCCCCUCGCAGGCCUCCAUCAUCUCCGACACGGCGGCCGAGGAGCUCUGCCACCUCAGAAACUACUACAGCAAGCAGCUUCGGAGGAUCAACUACAUUUCUCUGGAGAACCUGGGGAGACCUGCUGACGGGGGGGCACUGUCCUGCAUCAGGGAGCCGCUGAAGGGGCUCCGCCUGCCCCGCGGGGCCACCAUCGCCCAGACAGCCCGCAGCCUGUGGACACGGGUCAGCAGCAGGAGGAAGGGGGUCCACCGCUGACGACAGGUCCGGUACCAAUGCUCCCGCCACGUCCCUAUGGGAACACAUCACACUGCAAAAACAAAGUCUUACCUGGAAUAUUUGUCUUAUUUCUAGUUAAAAUGUCAAAUUUUUUGUCAGAAAAAUCUCAUUACACUCAAAACAAGAGUCGUUACCAGAAAAAUAACUUGUUAUUUGACAAUUUUCACCUGUUUCAAGUAAAUUUUCACUUGAAAUAAGUAGAAAAAUCUGCCAGUGGGACAAGAUUUAUCUUCUCAUUACAAUCAAAAAAAUCUUGUUCAACUGGCAGAUUUUUUCUACUUAUUUUAAGUGAAAAUCUACUUGAAACAGGUGGAAAUUGUUGUUUUUUCCAGUGAUGAGUCUUGUUUUAAGUGUAGUGAGAUUUUUUUGAAUAAAAAUGAGACAUUUUAACUAGAAAUAAGACAAAUAUUCUUGUUAAGAUUUUGAGCUAUUGCAGUGCACGAGAACAAUCAGGGAACAAGUAUGCCAAGAUGUAAGCGCCACAUCUUCAGAAGAGAGAACAGAGCAAAACCAGACAUGCCACCGUGGGUUCAUCCUCCCUUACAUCCACGAUGAAGAUGCUGCCACAUCAGAAGAUCCUGAAACUGGACCUCAGGAAAUCACGUCACUUGGACAGGAACCGGUACCGUUAGGGAGGUAGAUGGGGGUUGAACCUUUUCUCUAGUUAAGAGCUCGUCAGAUGUUUAACACAUUGUUCUUUGCACUCAACUAAAUUCUACUGAAAAAUAAAGACAUUUGUAAAGAAAUUAAGUCUCAUUGUU